ACAUGAGUCUUUAAACAAAGAAUCGUUCACACGAAAUUUUACUUCGUCCAUCCUUCUUUUGAGCAAGACGACAGCACAUUUAGUCAUGAAGUUGUUGGUGAUUUUUGUGUUUUCCUGCGUGGUUGGGGCAUCUCUCGGGGUCUCCAUCGCUGGGUCCAACCAUUGUCCUAACGGGGAGUUCAUGGUGAACUGUUUUGUUGACCCCUGUGCCUACACGGAUUGCAGGGACGGAUAUCAAUGCGUGUCCAACUACUGUGGCGGAUGCCAUGCUGAGUGUCUCCCGGUCCAACCCCUGAUCACGGACAACGGUUGUCCCCCUGGCGUUCAGGAGGUGAACUGCUUCGCUGACCCGUGCUGGGCGAUGCUUUGUGCCCCAGGAUACGUCUGCAGGUCUAACUACUGCGGUGGCUGCAACGGAGAAUGUGUCCUGCAGGACGCUUUGACGGUCUGAAACGCCACCUGGCAGAAAUAAACACAACUGCACAUAAUGCAAUCUCAGCCAGAUGAAGACUGGCAGACAAAACUGACAAUAAAACAAUGUCUCAAACUGCAUAGCGA